AUGACAGACCCUUCGCAGUCGUCUGCUCCAGCUUCACAUCCGGAGCGCAGUGCAGAUAAUGGUUAUAUUCCCGGAGAUGAUACCUGGACACAAUGGCGCAAUAUCUUUUCGGUCUUAACGGGCAAGAUGACAGACGAAGGAAAGGAACAAUUCCGUGUUGCGCGAGAUAUCCGGAAUGAAACUGCUGAUUGCAAUCGUUGCGAGGAGCAGCGCAACUUUCUUCUACAAUACAGUCCCGUCAUUCGCUAUUUGAGCGACAAUAUCCGACAACUCGGAGGCGACCUUCACAAUCACAACAUCUAUUGCCGUCGAUGCACAAACAGGAAGGCGGGUGGUUUCGAUCCUGAAUACGGUAUUCUGAUAUGUGCAAAUGAAAUGAAGGACCAGGGGCAUCUGGAGGAUACAAUGGCACAUGAAAUGGUGCAUGCCUAUGAUCACUUAAGAUUCAAAGUCGACUGGACCGACAACCUGAGGCAUGCAGCUUGCACAGAGAUUCGAGCCAGUUCGCUUAGCGGCGAAUGCAGAUGGGCGCGAGAGUUUUUCAGGCGAGGCCAGUGGAAAUUCACACAACAACAUCAAGAAUGCGUUCGGAGAAGAGCUGUUCUAUCCGUGAGGGCAAGACCUAGUUGCAAAGACGAAGCCCAUGCGCAAAAAGUUGUCAAUGAAGUUUGGGAUAGUUGCUUCAGAGACACACGACCCUUCGAUGAAAUCUAUCGGUGA